AUGGUCAGAGAUGGACAUCAACACAGCCCAGCAGAACUAAAUGAACUGCUUCAAGAAACCUCAUCCAUUUUGUGGCAGGCCCGAAAGAGUAUUCCGUCAGAACAUGUCAAGCAGAUGGAUGAGGUACAGUCACCAAGGGCAACAGUCAUCGAGUUUAAAUCAAGAGAUGGAAACGACAUGUUGCUUCCUCCACCACAAGAAAACUUCAAUCAACCCUAG